UGCAUGGCACCCACAAUUCCUACCACAAGCACGACUGACCACUGACCACUCGUGAAUUUUGACGGCCUGAAAUGCCUCCGGUCGGCCGCUCAGCUCAUCGAUCGGAUACAAAAGUCUAAAACAAACUCGACCUCAUGCUCCAGGGCUAGCGCAGCGACCGAAGACGGCUCCCCUUUCAGGCUGUUUGCCAUCACCCGGCUGAAUGCUAAUCAGAGCCCUCUGCGCGGCCGCACAUCAACUUGGCAGGACGCCGCGAGGCGGCAUCAACGCUGCGAACAUUCGCACCUUGCACUUCUCCUGCAUCGUUCUCAGAAUGGCUGAAGCAGGCCCUUCUAAUUACGCAGCUCCUCAGCAAGUGUUGCCCGAUGGUGCCGUCUCAGAGCCAGAUGUGCAAGCCCCUACCGAUGCCCAAGCUGUCUCCGAAAGUGAAGGCAUGAUUGGCGCAGGUCCGAAUCUGCAGGAGCUGCAGCAGCCUCUAUCCAAGAAUGCGCGCAAGCGUCUGCUCAAGAUGGAGAGGUUUGAAGCUCAGAAAGCAGCGCGGCGAGCAAGAGACAAGGAAAAGAAAAAGGAGAAACAAGCUCGAAGAAGGGAAGAAUCGCGGUCAGAAUUGAGAAGUGGAGCAGACUUGAUUCGACAGAGACCGCCGCUCAAGAUUCGCAAACCUUUUGAUGCCGCUGUCUGCAUCGACCUCGGCUUCGACGACCUCAUGACCGACAAGGAGAUCACUUCCAUGAGCUCUCAGAUCGGCUUCGUGUAUGCCUCGAAUAAGAGCUCAGCCAGCCCAUUUCGCAGACUCGUGUUCAGCGGUCCAGGGCCUCAAACGGCAGGUCAUUACGACAAGUCUUCCACCAACGAAAGCAGCGAUGCUGCAUUUUCCAAAGGGCAGGCGGAUGAGGAGAGCGCCAGGAGUAUGGUGCCUUUCGCAGAAACUCCGACCGGCAAAAGGAUGACGAGCGCUUGGAAGUGGGAGCUUUGGAAGAAUAUCGAACGUGUGCCCCGAGGUGGUCUGGAGAGCUUGAUCGAUCACGAGCGAGACAUCACGAACGAGCUGAGUCCAGUUGCAGCAGGGCCCACAAAGGACGUCGCCGGCGAGAGGCGUCUCAACAAGGCGGAUAGUGUUGACUUGGCUGAUGCUGAUGCUGAUGCUGAUGCUGAUGCCGAUGCCGAUGCCGAUGCCGAUGCUUCUUUGGAAGCCAAGUCCGCAAUCAAGGGUUUCCAAUCGCAAGACAUCAUCUACCUGACAGCGGAUGGUAGCGAAACAUUGACCGACCUUGAAGCUGGCAAGAUGUACGUGAUCGGUGGCUUGGUCGAUCGAAAUAGACAUAAAAACAUUUGUCUUGACAAGGCGAGAGCGUUGGGUGUGCGGGCUGCAAGGCUACCGAUCGACGAAGAGCACCUCGGUCAUCGCGCCUUGAACUCGAGAAAAGUUCUCACGGUCAAUCAGGUCUUUGAUAUUCUUCUCGGCUGGGUGGAGACGCGCGACUGGGCAUCCGCACUAGAUCGAGGCGUGCCGGGACGCAAGUUUGCUGAAGAGACAAAGAGUCAAAAACGAGCCAGGCUAGCUUCUGCUUCUUCCUCGACUGAUCAUGAGCGCGGCGCUAUCAUGCAACACCUUUCUGCCGAAAUACCCGCAGUCCAAAAGGCUCGCGCUUCCGAGGGCAUAGACGAGGAUGAGCUCUACAAUGCGUCGAACGUCGCCCGAUGAGCCUGGGCUGGAGGCCAUAACGCAAUGUAUUGAUCAUCACACACACUCGUGGCUUCUUUGCACCGCUGCGUGUGUCUCUUCAUAAAGCACGUCAAACAGCGAUGGC